GUUCACUCCUUGGGUAGGUUGCCUGUCACUGUCUGACCUUCAUUGAACCCUAUAUCAUCGUUUACCCGUCUCCCCUUGCCAAGUAGUAGUAAGUCUCAGAAACUCCAAGCGAAAGAGAAAGGAAGAGUGAAAUGGGGAGUACUGGAAUCAGGGUUUCCGGCGUAGUGGUGGUGGUAGCGGCGAUGGUCGUCCUGAUGGCAUUUUCCGAGGUGAGGGCUCAGGCGCCAGCCCCGGCGCCGGACUGCUUAACGAAACUGUUGAAUUUGUCGGACUGUUUGACGUUCGUGGAAGCCGGAAGCAAUCUGACAAAGCCGGAGAAGAACUGCUGCCCUUCGCUUGCAGGGCUGGUGGAGAGCAGUCCGGAAUGCUUGUGCCAGCUUUUGGGUAAUGCCAAUAGCUUUGGAAUUCCAGUCGACGUUAGCAAGGCUUUGAAGCUUCCUUCCGCUUGCGGUGUCAGUACUCCCGAUCCUAGCUUGUGCUCAGUAUUUGGGGUUCCAAUUAGCAGUCCUACAGCAAGUGAAGGUCCCACUGCAUCUGCACCCGGAGUCCCAACUGGCAUACAUAGACCAAGCAAAGCUCCUACUGCAACUGUGCCUAGGGCCCCAACUAUCAGCCCUAUAACAAGCGAUGGUGCCAAUGCAACCGUUGCACCAUCGCUGGAGGAAGGAUCUUCUCUAACAAAGGACAGCAGCGGCUCUCCUAGCAUUCUUGGAGACUUCACUCUUGUUUCCCUUGUUGUCUUAUCAAGUGUGGCAACUUUUCUCUUCUUUUGAGAUUUGAGGACCCCUUAGAUAAAACCAUGGAGGCAUUAAUUCUAGAACUUCUCUAUCUCAAGAAGUCUCAGCUUCUUCAUUACAAUUGCAGUGUUCAGUCCAACCAAAAGUGUGUAGUGCUCAGACUUGCAUUUUGAGGAUUUGUAUGCCAGUCUUCUUGUUUGUGUUGAAAUUUGUUUUAGGAAGAAGAUGCAUGUUUGAUUACCUGAAUAAAUUUUGCUUUCGGCAUGAUGAAACAAUUAUCAGUUUCUACUUUCUACCUCUA